AUGUUUAACAAUGAGGACGUGACAAUAGGUGCGUGGAUGCUAGCAAUGAACGUUAACCACGAGAAUCAUCACAUCCUUUGCGAACCAGAAUGUUCGUCUUCCUCUGUUGCUGUUUGGGACAUCCCUAAAUGCUCAGGUCUUUGUAAUCCGGAGAAGAGGAUGUUGGAACUUCACAAGCAAGAAAGGUGCUCGAAAAGCCCGACUUUGCCAUCAGAUGAUUCAUUAGGCUAG